GGCGGGGCCAGUGCUGCCUCGGGAGAAGCGGUGUCGGCCAGCCGGGAAUCGGAGCGAUGGCGGAAGCGGCGGCCGAGAAAGCUUAUUACAGAUUCCUCGUGCUUUUCUUCAACUGUCUCUUGACCUUUGGCUCCUACUUCUGUUUUGACAUUCCCAGUGUCUUGCAAGAACAGUUUCAAGGGAAUCUAACCUGCCCCAACGGAACUCAACACAAUGGCACCGAACAUAACGCAACGACUGAUUGCGUGGAAGGGCUUGGAAUGACUCCUGAAGAGUACAAUCUUCUCUAUGCCAUCUAUGCCUGGACUAAUGCACUGGUGGUGAUUGUGGCUGGCUUCCUGAUUGACAAACUGGGAAACCGCUUUGGUGUCUUUGUUUUCUCGUUCCUGACUGUCUUGGGAUCAUCCAUUUUUGCCCUGGGCUCCCACCUAAAAGGAACUCCGUACCUCUUGCCCCUGAUGCUAACGGGCAGGUUGCUUUUUGGUUCUGGAAAUGGAUCGCUUACAAUUGUGCAGAACCGCAUCACCGCCUUUUGGUUCAAGGGGAAAGAGCUGGCGCUCGCCUUCGGGCUGACUCUCUCUUUCUCCCGUCUCGGCAGCGUCCUCAACUUCUUUUUCACCCAACAGUUUGAAAGCCAUUUUGGGAUCCAGUGGACCCUUUGGGGAGGAGCUUUGUUAUGCGUCCUGGGCUUUAUUUCAGCCAUCACCGUUAGCGUGCUGGACAAAGUGGGCACGAAGCAGCUCGGCUUGGAUGGAGUUCUCCAACAAGAAUCCAAGAAAGUGAAAGUUCAAGAUAUCCGGCACUUACCCCUUCGCUACUGGCUUUUGGUCCUUACUAUAAUGUUCUUCUACAAUGGGAUCUUCCCUUUUGUGGCUGAUGCAAGUAAGUUUAUCCAAGAUAAGUAUCCUGGCUACAGUCAACAGGCAGCUGCUUAUAUAGCUGGAGCGGUUUAUGACAGCUCUCUCGUGCUCUCGGCGGCUGUUGGCAUACUCAUCGAUUAUAUUGGGCUGAGGGGUGUGUUUGCUGUCGGUUGUGCGGUGCUAACAUUGCCCGUAUUUGCUCUCUUGGCCUUCACAUUCGUUCCCCCACUAGUCUCCACCAUCUGGUUAGGAAUCACCUAUUCCUUUGCAGCCGCCAGCAUGUGGCCUUCAAUCCCACUUGUGGUUCCUCAAGCAACAUUGGGAACAGCUAUGGGGCUGGCGACAUCCGUGCAAAUGAUCGGUAUUGGCCUCUCUAAUGUGAUCGUGGGACGGAUCUUGGGAACAAAGUCCAGUGAACUGAAGAUCCCCUUAUGGCGCUGGCAACAGAUGAUGAUCUUCAUGCUGGCCAACACCGUUGCUUGCAUUGGGACCUCUGUCUGCCUUAACAUAGUAGAUAAGAAGCAGGGUGGCACGUUGAACCGCUCGACCAAGCGCUCGCCAACCGAGGCAGUGGCCCAACCGCCUGUUGACGCAGCUCCCCUUCUCAAUGAGGCGGAAGAACCACUAUCUGUCAACUAAAGAAGAGGCCUUGGGGACAUGGGAUAUAACACAGAUGAGCCUCAUUCUUCCACGUGUCCCCCUUUUUUUUCUCCUUUCUUUGGGGGUUUAAUAAGGGAAUUUAAAGACCAGGGUAUGAAUCUGGUGUAUAGGAAUAGCUGCUUUUCAAGUAGCUGCUAGGUGCUAUAUGUUAACUGAAAAUCUUACACUAUAAUUCUACAGCUGCCAUGAGUGCCGAGAUCUUUUAAUGCCAAUUUUGAGUUAUUUAGUCAUUAAGAGGUCUUCUUUAUUUUGGGAAAUUUUCUGCUGAAGGGAUUGAAAAGGUUUUUUUCUGUAGAUUUUAAAUUGGAUGAAAAAUUCUUUAUUUUGGGAAAUUUUCUGCUGAAGGGAUUGAAAAGGUUUUUUUCUGUAGAUUUUAAAUUGGAUGAAAGGCAGGAAUGUAAAUUAUUCUGUGCAAGCAAUUGUAUAUAGAAACCUUGCACUCAUUUUUUUUUAAAAGUCCUCUUGCACUGUUAAAAACCAAUUAUGAUUUUCAUCCUUGUAGCACCCACCAGUGUUAUCAAAAUCCUUUAUAAUUUUCCUUUUCUAAAAUCAUGAGGUUUUUUUAAGUCAAGGUCUGUUUCAAUUAUAUUGGUUUCUUUUUAAAAUCUAUUCUGGAAGUAUUGAAAAUCCUAACAUAUUCAGGAACUGAGGCAUUAUAGUAUAUUCCCAGAUAUUUCAGUUUCCAUUUCUCCUUUCUUGACUUCUUCCGAAGAAGGGUUCCAGUAGCUCCUCCCUGACCAUUUGGGGAUAUAAAGACUAAUAUGAACGAUUAUUGAUUUGACUGCAUAAUGGAUAUUGAAUAUUCUGAAUCUCUUUAGCACAAUGUCCUUAACUAGUAAUUGUGGCUAUAUAAGUUGGUAAUUUGUCAAGAGGCCUGUUUAACUUUUCUCUAUAUAGAAACAUAAUACCCAUUAAGAUAAUCUAUUAACACUGCUAACUAUAUUCACUUCAGAGUUAACCACUCUGGAUAGGCCAAACCCAUCCCAGAGGCAUUUGAUGCUUUGAGCCAGCAGUAAGUAACAUGAUCCAGUUAUGAGUUAGCUUUUGGCUCUGCUGUCCCUCAAGUGGUUAGCUGGCCUUAGACUUGCACUGCAAUUAGAAAAUAUAACAAGCCCGUGCCAAUAACUUUUCCCAGCUAUCUAGAUAUCUAGCAAUAUGUAUCUAGAAAAUUAUUGAUGAGAUUCAACCACUUGGCAGGAAAAUCUCCAGAAUUUGGAAGAGAGUAUUGCAGGCAGGUUGUAGACAGGCCUCCCUGAACAUAGACGGGUGGGUUUCUGUAUAAAUACACAACAGCAUUCCUGACCUCCUUCCUUCUAUCAUCUCCUGGUCAAAUUGCAAGCUCAUUUUUAGCCCAACUAGACAACCCAUGGCCCAGCAGGACAUCUUCUCAAGAGAUAUUUCCUGACCAGGUAUCCUAAUGUCUUCAAAAUCGAAUUCAAGAUACAUUCAGAGAUGCAACUGCCUUGAAAAUAUCUCAUGUGGAAUUGUAUAGCACAAACACACACCAAUGCGGAAAACGUUUUAUGACAUUUUGCAUUAUGUCACAAACGGUUUUGGGAGGAUUCUUAUGUCAUAACAUGUUUUAUAACGUUUGCCAAAUUUCAAUCCUGUGAUUGAAUUUGGGACAGAUUCUGUAAAGUUGGCCCAUUUAAGGCACCUUGGUUGAAAACGUUUUGCCCAAUGGUGCAUUAGGUCAAAGAUUACAGGAAUGAGAUCUCUAUGGAGACCCUCAGUCACCCAAGGUCAUGGUUGUCCCAAAGAGGCAACCAGACUCUCUUGGUUUUUCCCUCAAAGUGUUUCACUUCUCAUCAAGAACUUCUCAUUCAGUUCUUCUCAAGAACUGAAGAAGCGAAACGUCUUCAGGGAAAAACAAAGUCCAGUUGCCUCUUGAAAAAGCACCUUUACUACAGGACCAGAGUUUUAAUAAUAUAUAGGUGCAAAACUUGGCUUAGAUCUCCUACCUCCGCUUGUAGUAGAAGAAAAGUGACCUGCUACUCUAGGGAAGGUCACUUGGAAUGCUAGAGAUUUAGAACAGAAAGUACGAUAGGUACAUUUUUGUGACGGUCACUCACAAGAGGCCUCUUUGUAACAUUAGAGCCAAUCACGGUUACAAGCAUCCCAUCUACUCCUCUGAAAUGAUCUGUGUGCCACUUUUGCUGGUCCUUUUAAAUGAACCAUUGGGUUACGGCUUACCUAACUUUUCUUGGAAUGCCUCUGUAGCCCAACUCGCAUGAAAAUAAAGAUGACUAAAUUUUUUUUA